AUGGCACCUUACGAAGCCCUAUAUGGGAGAAAGUGUAGGAGUCCUAUAUGUUGGAAUGAUGUUAAUGAGUCGUUGAGAUUAGGACCAGACAUGAUUGAGGAGACUACAAAGAAGGUAAGGAUGAUCCAAGAACGUAUGAGGGGAGCGCAAGAUCGUCAGAAGUCGUAUGCAAACAAAAGGAGGAGAACAUUAGAGUUUGAAGUAGGUGAAAAAGUUUUGUUCAAAGAGUCACCAACCAAGGGUGUCAUGAGAUUUGGUAGAAAGGGUAAAUUGAGUCCUCGUUUUAUAGGUCCUUAUGAAGUAUUGGACCGAAUUGGGGAAGUAGCCUAUAGAUUAGCCCUACCUAUGAACCUAGCUAAAGUCCACAAUGUCUUCCAUGUAUCCCAACUACGAAAAUAUGUCCAUGACCCUUCCCAUAUCAUACAACCUGAAACCGUUGAACUUGAUGAAACCCUUACCUUUGAAGACAAACCAAUAAAAAUGCUUGAUACCAAAACAAGAUGUACCCGGUACAAGGAAAUUAAGUUGGUCAGAAUAUUAUGGACGAACCAGCAAACCGAAGAAGCCACAUGGGAAAUCGAAGUUGACAUGAGAAAGCAAUACCCGGAACUUUUCGAAUAG